CUCAUUUGUCUCCUUUUGUGUGGUGGUUCAAUCUUCCAACAAAAUGCUUUCACAGUUCUUUGUGCUGAGCGCGCGCGGCGAUACGCUCAUCUUGAAAGACUAUCGCGGUGAUGUCGUCCGUGGCACUCCUGAAAUGUUCUUCCGCAAGCUCAAGUCGUGGCCUGGCGGCGAGGCUCCUCCAGCCUUUAACAUUGAGAGCAUCCAGUUCUUGUACGUCAAGCGCAACGGGCUGCUCUUCUGCUGCUCGACCAAGUUCAACGUCGCUCCUGCGUUUGUCCUCGACUUUCUCAAUCGCGUUGCCAGCGUAUUUACAGAUUACUGUGGUGUGUUGAACGAAGAGUCGCUCAAGAGAAACUUUGUGCUGGUGUACGAGCUGCUGGACGAAAUGCUCGAUUUUGGCUACCCGCAGGGCUCAUCCACCGAGAUGCUCAAGACAUUCGUGUACAACACGCCGAUCGCCGUCCCGGCAGACCCCACCGACAUGACGUUGGGCUCGGCGGGGGGUGUCUUGGGCGCCCUUUCGCGAGCGGCAGUUGCGACCUCGGCGGAGCAAGUUUCGCGCCCUGCGACGGCCUCCAACCAGCCCAUCGCAGUCAGCUACGACCAGGCCCGCACGCGUCGCAACGAGGUGUUUGUCGACCUCAUCGAGAAGCUCACCGUCUUGGUCGGCAGCAACGGCGCAGUCCUCCGCUCGGACGUCGACGGCAUGCUCAAGUUCAAGUCCUUCCUCAGCGGCUCGCCGACCAUCCGCAUCGGCUUGAACGACGAUCUGGUGGUGAAGGCGCACGCUGGAGGCGACGCCGGUGGCCGUGCUGGAUCGGUCGUGCUCGACGACGUCAACUUCCACGAGAGCGUGUCGUUGCAAAAGUUUGAGCAAGACCAGACGAUUGCGUUUGUGCCGACGGACGGCGAGGUGGUGCUCAUGAACUACCGCCUCACCCGAGAGCUCCCGCUGCCAUUCCGAAUCACCCCGUUCGUUGAACAAGUCUCCGGCACCCGCAUCGACCUGGUGCUCAAACUUCGCUGCGAGGUUCCUCGAAAUAUCGCCGCCAACCAGAUGGUCGUGCGCAUUCCCCUGCCAAAGUCGACCAACAGCUGCACGUUUGAGAUUGCACACGGUGUCGGCCAGUCUGCCGAGUACAAGGCCAACGACAAGACGGCCAUCUGGACGCUUCGCCGUGUCAACGGCAGCUCGGAGCAGGUGAUUCGAUGCAAAAUGUUUGUUCCCGACGCGUCCAUUGUCCCAGCCCUGCGCCGCGAGAUGGGCCCCAUCAGCAUGACGUUUGAAAUUCCCAUGCACAUCUGCUCUGGCCUCCAGAUCCGCUAUCUGCGCGUCUUUGAAAAGACCUCGUCCUACGCCCCUUCCUUCCGCUGGGUUCGUGUGGUGACCCAAUCCGACUCGUACGUGGUCCGGAUAUAAUUUUUUGAAGUGCUCUUUCUUUUUUUGAAACAGUUGUCUAGGUUUUUUUCUUGUUGGUGUGUUUUUGGGUGUUUUUGUUUGGGUAUGCACCAAGUUGUCGUUGUUAUUUUUUGAAAUACUGUUUUAGUGGUGACA